CGACGGGAGAGGACGUUUGUUUACUUUCGCGAAAACAGCAUCCGCGUGUUCUGAAUAUAAAUCGUAAACGAAUCUCGAUUUCUGUAUUGAACAAAGGUUUUGUGUAAUCACAUUUUAAUACUUUCGAAUUAUUAAGUUUUAAAAUGUGUGUGUGCUUUUGAAAAUUGUGUUCCUUAUUUGUGAAGUUUUUUUUUCGGACACUUACCGGUGAUUGGAUAAACUUGUCUCGAAGAUUACACCGAGUAGUGACAUGUGGUCCGGCAAGAAGUGUUCAGAGGGGGGCGCGGGCACCCCCUCUGAGGAGGAGAUCAAAGUUGUGCUUGUGGGAGACACACAAUGCGGGAAGACCUCUUUGGUGCAGAGAUUUGUGUCUGACACCUUUGUUGAGGCAUACACGCCCACCGGGUUCGAGAAGUACGGAUACACAUGCACCGUCGCAGAUUACAGAGUCAACUUCUCCGUAUGGGACACAUCAGGAACCACAGCCUACGACACAGUGAGGCCACUGGCGUACCAGGACGCGAAGAUAUUCAUGCUCUGCUUCAACAUCGCAGAACCUGAGACGCUAAACAAUUCUGCUGCUAAGUGGUACAAAGAAGUGCGCACGCAUGGCGGCUUGGCUCCGGUGCUGUUGUGUGGGUGCAAAGCGGACCUCAGGCAUGACAAGGAGACGCUGACCAUGCUGUCCAAGCUACGGACACAUCCAGUCACCAGCGAAGAGGCUCUAUCAGUAGCGAGGCAGUUAGGAGCGACAACGUACGUAGAAACGUCGGCCCGAGCUUCCAGCAAAGGAGUGAAGGACGCCUUCGAGGUCGCAGCGUUGGCGGCGCUGGGCAAGCUCAACAAACAACAGAUGAAGCAGCAGAAGCAAGUGGGACGCAGCAAGAGCAAGCGCGACUUGAAAGCUGAGCUGAAAGGACGGGCGAAGAGUUGUUGCGUCAUGUGAUCCGUAGCUGGCCACCCAUCCAGGUGGCCGCACGACUGCUAGGCGACCACCGCCCUUCCGGAGUACUACAUAGUGAACCUUUUUGGAUAACAAACAUUACUUGUUCCGAUAAUGGAUAUAUGGAACAGUUACGGGCCUAAUGGACAACCUUGUGGAACCCCUCGAUAAACUGAUGCUUUUGCGUCCUUUUUCCUGAAAACGAAUAAUUACAAAGUGACAUCUUAAUAAUUCCUAUUUGAAAUUAAAUACUUGAUAAAACAAAUGAAUGCGGAUACUUGAAGAAAGAAUACGAAUAGGGCAACGUAAUAACUUUAGUGUAAUUGGAACAGAGU